UAUCAAUAAAUUUGAUUCCAUUUGAUGUACCGACCUGUGCCUAGAUUGGCCAAGAUUCUAGAUUCUAGAUUCUAGUCCUGAUUCUAGAUCUAUCCUAUGUCUGUGUAGUACUAGAUCUAGAUCUAAAUAAAUCUAGUAUUAGACUUUUUUGUCUUCUUGUGUCUAGAUCUACAAAGUUUGGUAGACUCUGGUAACAAACUAACACAAAUUUAAUAUGCCACUUUUCAAGACAUUCAAGAUUACACAACCAAAAGAAUACUAUGAAAAAUUUCUGGAGAAAGACGUGAGACCUGACAACAGAGAACUUGGAGAAUUUCGUCCAACUGUUCUAAAUAUAGGUUGUGUUACAACUGCUGAAGGGUCCUCACUUGUCAAGCUUGGGAAUACAUCUGUUAUAUGUGGCAUAAAGGCUGAAGUAGCUGAACCAGCCAGUGAUGGAAAAAAAGGAUACUUAGUUCCAAACGUAGAGCUACCUCCCUUGUGUAGUACCAACUUUAAACCUGGCCCACCCAGUGAGUUGGCUCAAGUCUUAAGUCAAAAUAUGGUUGACUUUUUAACAGAUUCUAAAUGUGUCCGUCUUGAAGACUUGUGUAUUGUACCUGGGAAGCUUGUCUGGUCACUCUAUAUUGACCUGGUAUGUCUAGACUUUGACGGCAAUGUCAUGGACGCCUGUACGCUAGCACUGAUGGCAGCGCUGAGAAAUACUUUAUUGCCAGUGGUGACUGUGGAUGAAGACUCGGGAGAGAUCACAACUGACGUCUCCAUCCAUCAAAAGUUGUCCAUCUCUAAGUGUCCAGUGUCCACAAGUUUUAUUAUAUUUGACAAAAAAAUUCUGUUAGUUGAUCCAACCAGUGAAGAAGAAGACUUAGCAACAGGGGCCUUAACUAUAAUCACAGAAGGCGACAAUUUGUGCAGCAUUUAUAAACCAGGUGGAACUCCUCUCACAGACACACAAAUGAAAACCUGUAUAGACAGAGCGUUCCUUCGGGGGAGGGAAGCCGAGAGGUUGAUUGAAGAAUUAAUUGAUAAAUAAAGUGUUUCCACUAGUUC